CCCGCCAUGGCCGCGCCCCUCUAGGCGUCCCACCGGCUCGCCCCGCGUCGCCCCGGCUCCCCCGGGGCCGCCGGCCGGAGGAUGGACGAGGAUGGACCGCGAGCGGCCGAGGAGGAUCCGGAGCCGGGCAGAGCCAAGACUUUCAUCCGCCUUAAUGACCUGUCCGGGGCCGGGGGCCGCCCGGGGCCGGGGGACAGGGAGGCGGGCAGCGGCGACUCAGAGGCGGAGGCGCUGCCCUACCCGGCGCUGGCCCCCGUCGUCUUCUUCUACCUGAGCCAGGAGAGCCGGCCGCGGAGCUGGUGCCUCCGGCUGGUCUGUAACCCGUGGUUCGAGAGGGUGAGCAUGCUGGUGAUCCUGCUCAACUGUGUGACGCUGGGCAUGUUCCACCCCUGCGAGGACAUCGCCUGUGACUCGCCGCGCUGCAGGAUCCUCCAGAGCUUCGACGAUUUCAUCUUUGCCUUCUUUGCUGUGGAAAUGAUUGUCAAAAUGAUCGCGCUGGGCAUUUUUGGGAAGAAGUGCUACCUGGGAGACACAUGGAACCGCCUGGACUUCUUCAUUGUCAUCGCAGGGAUGCUGGAGUAUUCCCUGGACCUGCAGAACGUCAGCUUCUCCGCCGUCCGCACCGUCCGCGUCCUGCGGCCGCUCAGGGCCAUCAACAGGGUCCCCAGUAUGCGCAUCCUGGUGACGCUUCUUUUGGACACGCUGCCCAUGCUGGGGAACGUCCUCCUCCUCUGCUUCUUUGUCUUCUUCAUCUUUGGCAUCGUGGGAGUCCAGCUGUGGGCAGGUUUGCUCAGGAACCGCUGCUUCCUCCCUGAAAACUUCAGCAUCCCCUACACAGUGGAUUUGGAGCGGUACUACCAGACAGAGAACGAAGAUGAAAACCCUUUCAUCUGCUCCCAGCCCCGGGAGAAUGGGAUGCGCUACUGCCGGAGCAUCCCAACACGGAGGGAAGAGGGUCUGGAGUGCACCCUGGAUUAUUAUUCCUACAACGACACCACCAACACGUCCUGUGUCAAUUGGAACCAGUAUUACACCAACUGCUCUGCUGGGGAGCACAACCCCUUCAAGGGAGCCAUCAACUUCGAUAACAUUGGCUACGCCUGGAUCGCGAUAUUUCAGGUCAUCACGCUGGAAGGCUGGGUGGACAUCAUGUACUUUGUCAUGGAUGCACACUCCUUCUACAACUUCAUCUACUUCAUCCUCCUGAUCAUUGUGGGCUCCUUCUUCAUGAUCAACCUGUGCCUGGUGGUGAUAGCGACGCAGUUCUCCGAGACGAAGCAGCGCGAGAGCCAGCUGAUGAAGGAGCAGCGGGUGCGCUACCUGUCCAACGCCAGCACCCUCGCCAGCUUUUCAGAGCCGGGCAGCUGCUACGACGAGCUCCUCAAGUACCUGGUUUACAUUGCCCGAAAAGGCAGCAAGCAGCUCGUGAAGGCCUACCGGGUGGCAGGCGUGAGGAUGGGCUUCCUCACCAGCCCCGAGAGCAAGGCAGGGGCCGACCGGCAUGCCAGGAAGCGCCGGAGCAGGAAGAGGUCUUCCGUGCACCACCUCAUCCACCACCAUCACCACCACCACCACCACUAUCACCUGGGCAACGGGAACCUGCGAGCACCCCGUGCCAGCCCCGAGAUCAGCGAUGUGGAGACCAGCUCUCUCCACAAUGGCACCAACCGGCUGAUGCUCCCCCCCUCCGCACCAAACUCCCUCGGGGCCCCCAGUGCCUCUCCCAGCAACACCGAGUCUGUCCACAGCAUCUACCACGCCGACUGCCACUUCGAGCCGGUGCGCUGCCGGUCAUCCCUCACGCAGCCAAGCCUCGGAUUGCCAAGCCCGGAGGGGAUCCCCAAGAACAUCAUGGGCACCAAGGUGUACCCCACGGUGCACUCCAGUACCUCCCAUGAGAUGCUGAAAGAGAAGAACCUGGGGGAGGCGGCGGUGGGUGCCGGGAGCAGCACCUUGACAAGCCUCAACAUCCCGCCUGGGCCCUACAGCACGAUGCACAAGCUGCUGGAGACACAGAGCACAGGGUUCUUUUCAGUUCACGUUACGGAGAAAGGCGAUGGCUUUCCAGGUCCCUGCCAAAGCUCCUGCAAGAUCUCCAGCCCCUGCACCAAGCUGGAUGGUGGCUCCUGCAACCCCGAGAGCUGCCCUUACUGCCUCACAGCGCUGGCAGGCGAGGCCGAGCUGUCGGACAACGAGACGGCCGACUCGGACAGCGAGGGGGUCUAUGAGUUCACGCAGGAUGCCCACUACAGCGACCAGCGGGACCCACAGCGGGGCAGGGCCCGGGCCAGGAGGGCCAGCCGGGUGCUGGCCUUCUGGCACAUGGUGUGCGAGACCUUCCGCAAGAUCGUGGACAGCAAAUAUUUCGGCCGUGGGAUCAUGGUGGCCAUUCUCAUCAACACGCUCAGCAUGGGGAUCGAGUACCACGAGCAGCCAGAGGAACUUACCAAUGCCCUGGAGAUCAGCAACAUCGUCUUCACAAGCCUCUUUGCUCUGGAGAUGCUAUUGAAAGUCCUUGUUUAUGGUCCUUUUGGCUACAUUAAGAAUCCAUACAACAUCUUUGAUGGGAUCAUCGUGGUGAUUAGUGUGUGGGAGAUAGUGGGCCAGCAAGGUGGAGGGCUCUCGGUCCUGCGCACCUUUCGGCUCAUGCGCGUGCUGAAGCUGGUCCGCUUCAUGCCAGCCCUGCAGCGCCAGCUCGUCGUCCUCAUGAAGACCAUGGACAACGUGGCCACGUUCUGCAUGUUGCUGAUGCUCUUCAUCUUCAUCUUCAGCAUCCUGGGGAUGCACCUCUUCGGCUGUAAGUUCGCGUCGGAGCGGGAUGGCGACACACUGCCCGACAGGAAGAACUUCGACUCCUUGCUCUGGGCCAUAGUCACUGUUUUCCAGAUUCUGACCCAGGAAGACUGGAACAAGGUCCUUUACAAUGGCAUGGCAUCCACCUCGUCCUGGGCUGCUCUCUACUUCAUCGCUCUCAUGACGUUUGGGAAUUAUGUUCUCUUUAAUCUGCUGGUGGCCAUCCUGGUAGAGGGGUUCCAGACAGAGGAGAUCUCCAAGCGAGAAGAUGCGAGUGGGCAGUUAAGCUGUAUUCAGCUGCCUGUCGACUCGUCGGGGAAAGGCAAACUGGGAGUGCAAGAACAGGGUGAUGCUUCCAAGUCUGAUUCCGAGGGGGAUCUCUUUCCCCGCAGCCUGGAAGAGGAGGGAGGACUUAAGAAAAACUUGUCAAAUCCAGCCUUGAUGGCCUUGAGCGACCACCCGGAGCUGAAGAAGAGCCUGACCCCUCCGCUCAUCAUCCACACCGCUGCCACGCCGAUGCCCAUGCCCAAGAGCGCCGUGUUCGGGGACGCGGCGCAGGGCUACGAGUCCCGCCGGGCCAGUGGCGUCUCCGUGGACCCCGCCCUCUACGAGCUCAAGUCCCCGCCCAGCGCCCGCAGCUCCCCGCACAGUCCCUGGCGUGCCAGCAGCAGCUGGAACAGCCGCCGCUCCAGCUGGAACAGCAUCGGCCGGGCCCCCAGCCUCAAGCGCCGGGGGCAGAGCGGCGAGCGCAGGUCCCUCCUCUCCGGGGAGGGCAAGGAGAGCUCGGAGGAAGGGGAGAGCUCGGAUGAGGAGCACUCCAGCCGGGCCGGCAGCUUCAAUGGCUCUUUGCCUCAUCGCAUGGAGUCGCUGGAAACGAAAGGGUCCUUCGACCUCCAGGAUACCCUGCAGGUGCCUUCCCUGUACCGGACCAGCAGCAUGCACAGCACACGAACCACUGCCUCCGAGCACCAGGACUGCAAUGGGAAGACCUCUCCGGGUCUGCUGCUGCACCAGCUCCACCUGGAUGACCCCCACCAGGAUGGUGAUGAUGGUGAUGAUGAAGGCAACAUGAGCAAAAGGGACCGUAUGAAGGCCUGGAUACGGGCACGGCUCCCCACCUGCUGCAAAGAGAGAGACUCCUGGUCCAUCUACAUCUUCGCCCCUCACUCCAGAUUCCGUCUGAUGUGCAAUAAAAUCAUCACUCACAAGAUGUUUGAUCAUGUCGUCUUGGUGAUCAUUUUCCUGAACUGCAUUACCAUUGCCAUGGAACGGCCCAAAAUUGAGCCUCACAGUGCCGAACGGAUUUUCCUAACACUCUCCAACUACAUCUUUACAGUCAUCUUCCUGACUGAGAUGACAGUUAAGGUGGUGGCACUAGGCUUGUGUUUUGGGGAGAAAGCCUACUUGAAGAGCAGCUGGAACGUGCUGGAUGGGGUGCUGGUUCUCAUCUCCGUCAUCGACAUCCUGGUCUCGAUGGUGUCAGACAGCGGCACGAAAAUCCUGGGGAUGCUGCGGGUGCUGAGACUGCUGAGGACACUGCGGCCCUUGAGAGUCAUUAGUCGAGCCCAAGGACUGAAGCUGGUGGUGGAGACUCUCAUGUCAUCCUUGAAGCCCAUUGGAAACAUUGUGGUCAUCUGCUGUGCCUUUUUCAUAAUCUUUGGGAUCCUGGGAGUUCAGCUUUUCAAAGGCAAGUUUUUUGUCUGCCAGGGGGAGGACACCAGAAACAUCACAAACAAAUCGGAUUGUACAGAAGCAAGCUACAAAUGGGUCCGGCACAAGUAUAAUUUUGAUAAUCUCGGCCAGGCCCUGAUGUCUCUCUUUGUUCUGGCCUCCAAGGAUGGGUGGGUGGAUAUCAUGUACGAUGGCUUGGAUGCUGUGGGAGUCGACCAGCAGCCAGUCAUGAACUACAACCCAUGGAUGCUCCUCUACUUCAUUUCCUUCUUGCUGAUCGUGGCCUUCUUCGUCCUCAACAUGUUCGUGGGGGUUGUGGUGGAGAAUUUCCACAAGUGUCGGCAGCACCAGGAGGAAGAAGAAGCCAAGAGGCGGGAGGAGAAGAGGCUGCGCCGGCUGGAGAAAAAGAGAAGGAGUAAGGAGAAACAGAUGGCUGAUCUAAUGCUGGAUGAUGUAUUAAUGGAGAGCUCAGCCAGUGCAGUGCAAGAAGCACAGUGUAAGCCCUACUAUUCGGAUUACUCCCGCUUCCGCCUCCUGAUCCACCAGAUGUGCACCAGCCACUACCUGGAUUUGUUCAUCACCGGUGUGAUUGGCCUCAACGUGAUCACCAUGGCCAUGGAGCACUACCAGCAGCCAAAGGUUCUUGAUGAAGCCCUGAAGAUUUGCAAUUACAUCUUCACCGUUAUCUUUGUCCUGGAGUCUGUUUUCAAGCUUAUUGCCUUUGGGUUUCGUCGCUUCUUCCAAGACAGAUGGAACCAAUUAGAUCUGGCAAUCGUGCUGUUGUCUAUCAUGGGCAUCACUUUGGAAGAGAUCGAGGUGAACGCUUCGCUACCAAUUAACCCCACUAUUAUCCGAAUCAUGAGGGUUCUCAGGAUUGCUCGAGUGCUGAAGUUGCUGAAGAUGGCUGUGGGGAUGAGAGCCCUCCUGGACACCGUGAUGCAAGCGCUGCCGCAGGUGGGGAAUCUGGGUCUUCUCUUCAUGUUGUUGUUUUUCAUAUUUGCAGCUCUUGGAGUGGAACUGUUUGGAGACCUUGAAUGUGAUGACACACACCCCUGCGAGGGGCUGGGACGACACGCCACGUUCAGGAACUUUGGGAUGGCCUUUCUAACUCUCUUCCGAGUAUCCACAGGAGACAACUGGAAUGGGAUAAUGAAGGACACGCUGCGUGACUGUGACCAGGAGUCCACCUGUUACAACACCGUCAUUUCCCCCAUCUACUUCGUCUCCUUCGUGCUGACGGCCCAGUUUGUGCUGGUGAACGUGGUGAUCGCUGUGCUCAUGAAGCACUUGGAGGAGAGCAACAAGGAGGCGAAGGAGGAGGCAGAGCUGGAGGCAGAGCUGGAGAUGGAAAUGAAGACAAUCAGCCCUGGCCAACACAGCCCCUCAGACAUCUUUGCAUGGACAGGCAGCAGCGGUGGAGAGAGACCCGAGAGCCCCCGAGGGUGUACCAAUCCCAUGCAAAUCAAGGUGGAUUCUCAGCUCUCUUUAGCUUACCACAUGGAAAGGCACUUGUUUGAUACCAUAUCACUGCUGAUCCAGGAAUCUCUGGAAGGAGAGCUGAAGCUGAUGGACAACCUGUCAGGCUCUGUGUGCCAUCAUUAUGCCCUCCCAGCUCCCGAAUAUUACAACUCUGAGAACCAGAUCCCUCUAGCUGAGAUGGAGGCUCUGUCUCUGACGUCAGAUAUUCUCUCUGAAAAGUCCUGGUCCUUAGCUCUGACGGAUGACUCUUUUCCUGAUGAUAUUAACACACUCUUACUUAAUGCUCUGGAAAGCAAUGCUGAUCUCCGCUCCAAAGACGACACACUGACCCUGUCUCCCAGCAAGGACUUGCUGAGCGUGAGAAAGCCUUCGGUGGGACGCACCCACUCCCUGCCAAACGACAGCUACAUGUUCCAGCCGCCCUAUUCCAGCCCCUGCCCUGCCUCCCUGGGCGAGAGGAAGCCGGCACAUCACAAGUCCCAGUCAGGUUCAAAGGCAUCGGUGCAGUCACAGCCGGCGGACACGAGCUCCCUCCUGCAGAUUCCAAAAGACCAUUUUCACCACAUAAGAGCUUAUGACCAUUUGGUGGGGGAGAGCAAGCCCCAGGUUUCCCAGCAGGUGCACUCUCCUUCUGCUGAAAGGCUGCUCCGCAGGCAGAUGGCUAUAAGGAAUGACUCUCUGGAUAGCAAGGAGAAUCUCCACACUGAGGUGAGUGAACUCUCUGACCCAAAUGUCCCUGCUGUGCCCAAGGAGGAGUCACCAGUGGCUCUGACGCCCUCAGAAGCAAAUGAGUUGGCUGCAUGGAGUCGGGUGAGCGUUCACACGCAGCAGCAUUCCCACAAUCAGUAUAAUAUUUCAAAGCAGGCACCAGCAUCCUGUGCUUGUGCAGACUCGUAUCAGGAGACCCCUGGAGAUUCAAUGGACCAAGAAGUAUCUGAAAUAAACAGCUCCUCAGAGCCUUUCACUUCAGAAACUUGUACAGCCUCGAGUGCCUGUUCAGAGGGUCAGCCUCUCACUCCUAAGAGGAACGUAGGCAAUACUGGCAGCGUGACACUGAAGGACCUGAAGAAGUACCACAGUGUAGACACCCAAGGUCUUCUAAAAAAACCGCCCUCUUGGUUAGAUGAUCAAAGGAGACAUUCAAUAGAAAUUUGUUCCAUGGAAAACAGCCCUCAGCACCAUUCCACAUCCAGCUCCUCUGGCUUCAUAAGUCAGGUGGUCAGUGAAAUGGAAGGCUUGCAAGGAACGCGGCAGAAGAAAAAACUGAGCCCUCCCUGUAUAUCUAUAGAUCCACCCGAUGGGCAGAGUUUGGUACCUAGAGGACCUCACAGCAUCUCACCUGCCAGCGGAGACGUUUGCUUGAGGCGGCGUGCUCCAUCCUGUGAGUCCAAGGAUUCGAUGGAUAUAGGGGAUUCGCUGCUUCCAGACAGUAUGUCAACAUCUCCUACCCCAAAGAAAGACUUGUUGACACUUCCUAGCUUUUCCUUUGAUCAAACGGAAAUGGACCCCUGAGUUACUUUUCUGUUGGUGCCAAAUGUUUUCUUCCUUUCAUGUAAUAGAAAAAAAAAAUUAAAAAACUCUGUACUCCUAAACGGCACUGGGUAAAAAAUUUCCAAAGAAAGAUUAAAGAACCAGCUGGUUAAAAGAGGGGUUAACCUAUAUCACGCUUACUUAAGCAUAUGUUCUGCUUAGGUAAAAGCAAUACAAUGUGCAGAAUCUAUAUGUAUAUUAUAUUUUAUUAAAUUAAUUGAAUCUAGUAUUGCGGGAUGUAGUACAUUUUGUGACUAAAGACAUUUAAUUUUCUUCUAUUUUAUGUAUCUCAGAAUAUUUCUGAGAUAAAGUUGGUUUUUAUGAAUAUUUUAACCUAAAAAAUAUAUAUAUUUAAUCCCUUCUCUUUUUUUUUGUUUUGUUUUGUUUGGGUUUCAUUUUGUUUUGCAAAGCACAAAAUGUAGCCAAUUAGUGCAUUACAGAGGAAAUGUAUCCCACAGUCAGCAGUAAAAAAGGAUUAUUUAAUGUAAUUUAUUUUUCCCCUUGGACUUCAAUGAUAUUCUGGGAAAAAAGAUUGUUUGGGUAGUAUAGAAAUGCAGUGGCAAUUUUUUAACAAAAUAUUCCAAUCUUGCAUAAAAUUGACAUUCAGAGUGAAAGCAAGUGCUCAGACCCAGGAAGGUACAACAUGCUGAUAGAUGUCUGAGGAUGGUGAAGGCAGAACCAUUUAACAGUACAUGAUAUUGAAUUAUGAGAGGAUGUUAUGGAUCAUCCACUGGCAACUCACAAAAUCAUGUCAAUGGUUCAUUUUCAUACGUGCCUAGGAAACAGGCAACAAAAGCCUGUGGUCACUUCCAGGAUGUUUUUCCAGUGUCUCCAAGAUGGACUGUUUAUUUUGCUGAGUUUUACACCUCUGUUUGCAGUGGAGCUCCUCCUCUCUGCAGCGGGUGGAAAGGAGUGAGGCCAAGUUUAGGACUUGCAGUGGGUGUACUUGGUGCAGACGUGGCAUAGCAGCGAGUUUAAGCACAUGUUUAAAGUUAAGCUCUUGCCUAAAAUGCCUUGAGGUUGACCGUAUUUAAGUAAUUCUUGAAAAUUAAAAUCGUGUGCUUAUGUUCUAUAGAAUCAAGCCCUACUGCAAGUUUUUAUAAAGAUUACCUAGAAUAAAGUCUGCAGGUACUGAAAGGGCUGCUGAUUUUCAGUAAAAUAGCCAGGUAUUCUGCUAUCCCUGCUAGAGUUAAUUUACGUGACCCUGACUGUAAUUUUAUUUCCAGUCUAUCAAAAGCCUUAAGCAGCAACAUCAUGAUACAAAGUAGAUAAAACCAGAAUUCAUGUCCUUACUUUAUAACAUGUCCUUGUCAAUCAUCUCAGUUAUUACCUGUUUACUCCUGUGCUAAUACCCUCUGCAAAAACCACUCUGUAAAACUGGACAGCACAGCCUGAAACCCACGAGAGGUUGGCCCCGUUCGACACCUCCCCCUCCUCACAUGAGUGAUGCAAACCAGACAUUAACUCCACUCAACUUCCAUGAAAUCACAUUAAGAUGUAGGCUAAAUUAGACUGUAGGCAUGCUUUGAAGUGUGCCAAUAGUAACAGGUUUGAAACUGCACCCAUGGAUAAGGCUUUGCUGGAUCGUGUCUCUGAACCAGCACAGGAGGAUUUGUGCUAAUUCUGUCAGUCGGGAGUUUGUAAGUUUUUUUUGAGAACUACUGAUCUUUUCAAAUCACUACAACAUGUUGAUGUACAGCCUUUUAUCCAUUCAGAGAUUAAACUGUCUCCACCACGUGUAUCUGCAUGAGCUUCAAGUGUACACACAAGGAGAAGAUGCUGUUUCUACCCAACAGCCUAUGUGAGGUCCUAAGCCCCUUUAUUUUCACUUGAGGAUGUUUACUCUUUAAACAAUCGCUAUUGAUUUACAUGUCUUGGAGAAAUGUAAGGGCUUUCAGCAGGAAGUCAGGCAAUCAGUGUAUUUGAAGUAGAAGGAUUAACAUUCUGUACUAUUUGCUGCAGUUAGAUUAAUUUUUGGCUGGGACAUUUUUCCCCUCUUCAACACGGGCCCUUACAGGGGCAGCUCUCUUUGAUAUGCCAGCCCAAAUUCAGAAUUAAGCCCGUCUAAAGCAAUGAUUUCAAACAAACCUUUCAUCAGUUCUUCCCCCAGAUCAUAUUUAAGGAAAUAAUAAAAUUACAGUGUAUUAAGUCUGAGAAAUAUUCCUAAUCCCUUUUUGGGUUUACGCUCAUAAUGAGCCGUAGCUUUUCCUUUCACAUGUACUAAAUAAUUUGGGAAACCAGCUAGGGCACUAAAAUUGCCAAGCCUGGUUCCUUCCUGAUUAGGAUUGUGUUCAUAUAGUUGGAAUGAUACUACUCUACAGAUCCUUCCUUACAAAAAAUCCACUGAACAUUUUAGCGUGAAAUCAUGGCACAAAACAGUGAUGUGAUGUUAAUCCAAAUGCUCAACUCCAAAUGUAACAGAAAGCCUAAAGGCUCUUCUAUUUUCAAUACUCGGGGUUUUACCCACUAACAAGGUUUGUGGAAGUAACAAAAAGUUUACAUCAUAUGUGAAUAUUCAGUAAAGACUAGCCAAUAAAAGAUACUCUAUGGUGAUGCAUUCAGGAAAAGAAAUCCAUGUAAAAUAGAUUGUUUUCUAAACCAGAUAAGUUUUUUCUAGAUGCCCUUUUGAAAGACAAAUACAAAUGUACUGCAGCGUGUGCAAUAAUCUUAAAAUAAUUUUAAAUACCUUUGGGGGGGUUUUAUAGAAUUUGACUUUUUUAAACAAAAUGUACAAAAUCCACAGGAAUUCUGUAGAAUGGUUAUGUUGAUAGAAUUUUUUAUAUUUUUGUAGAAAUCUAUAGAGAAAUUGUUAAAAGUCUGCAUAGCAUCUUGGCAACAGAAGCAGCUCUUAUCUACAAGUUUCUUUUCAUAACCUGGAGCCAGACCUACUGUAUUAUGACAUGUAGAGCCUAGUUUUAGAGCCUGCAUCCAGGUCGUGUUCAGAAGUAAGCAGCUAAAGCUCAAGUUCUACGAUAUUGCAGUGCUAUUACUGUUUGAGAACUGUACCCACACAGAACACCCACCCCCAAAACCCAGCCCCUGUCGAUGGUGAAGUAGUCGCAUGGCUAUCCAGCUCAUUCAAGCACACCAGCACUUUACUACUGUGGAUUUACUGUAUACAGGUAGGAGGAGAAUAUUUUGCUAUUGCCAGUCUGACACACGGGGAAAAAGAGAUGGCAGACGUCUGGGAAAAUGUAAAUUCCAUUCUUGCAGCCCCUCGUGCAUAGAACUGAUUUUUCAUAACUUGGUUACAGGCUGUUUGUACUGUAGAUAUUUUGGAGGAGGGCAGAGAAAACACUGUUUUUGACUUCUGUGGAUUGCACUCAGCACCAGGUGUGUUCAAGGAGGAAAAAAAAACCAACAAGAGAAAACAACAAAAAUAAAAAGAAAACAAAAGUGUUACCAUUGUAAAUUAGGCUAUGCCCCAGUCUCCCCUUUUCUGCCCCUUUGGCUAUAAUAACCCAUGUACACUAUUACACGAGGUGACUAGAGUAGGCACAGUACCAUUGCAAUGUCCGUAACAACCUAGUAUAUAUGAUAGAACUUUGUAUUUAAUAGUUAAUAUAUUGUUAUACUGUAUCAGGUAUAUAGGCCAAAACAAGGUCUUUUGGUCAGGGCAACAAAAGGUGGUAUUCAUGGGGGAAAAUUGGGUUAAAAUGUUCCUUUUUAAAAAAAAAAAA